AUGGGAAGGACACCUUGUUGUGACAAGAUGGGCUUGAAGAAAGGUCCUUGGACUAGUGAAGAAGAUGAAGUUCUUGUCAGUUAUAUCAAGAAAAAUGGUGGCCAUGGAAGCUGGCGUUCUCUCCCUAAGUUAGCAGGCCUUCUUCGUUGUGGUAAGAGUUGCAGACUAAGAUGGACGAACUACCUGAGACCCGAUAUUAAACGCGGUCCCUUUAAACCCGACGAAGAAAAACUAGUCAUACAGCUUCAUGCCAUCCUUGGAAAUAGGUGGGCUGCAAUAGCUUCUCAGUUACCAGGAAGAACAGACAACGAGAUCAAGAAUUUAUGGAACACGCACUUAAAGAAACGUCUGAUAAGCAAGGGAAUUGAUCCACAAACUCAUGAACCAAUAUCCUCAUCACACUACUACCCAAUUUCCAAAUCAAAUUCGUCUAUCGCCACACGCCACAUGGCUCAAUGGGAAAGUGCAAGACUUGAAGCAGAAGCAAGGCUCUCAAAAGACUCACCUCUAUUCAAUAACAACAACACUCCUUUAGCAAGCAACAAAUCUGAUUCAGACUAUUUCCUUAAGAUAUGGAACUCUGAUGUUGGAGAAUCUUUUCGCGUGGUUCGUAAAUCAGACGAAGACGACGACGAUAAAACUAGGUGCAUAAGUUCAAUGUCUCAAGAAGGGUCAUCUUGUAAUAACAACAAAUGUGGAUCUGUUUCUGCAACUCCUGCAAGCAAUGUGAAGGAAGAUUUUGAAUGGAGAAACUACAAAUUAUUUAAUCAUGUAGGUUGUGAUGAUUCAUCAAGCUCUAAUGAUCUUGAAGACUCUUCUGAUACUGCAUUGCAGCUUUUGUUGGAUUUUCCUUCUAACAAUGACAUGAGCUUCUUGGAAUGA